AUAAAAAUCUCUGCAGUGUUCGAUAUUUUUAGGAAAAAUUACAAAUUUUAAGAUAAUUCUGCGUAUCAACUCUAGGAGUUACAAAUAAACUUAAUCUUUAGUGCUGUGGUUUAACUAUUUGUGGUAUUAAAAUGACUGUGCUUUAUUGAGAAGUGAUACAAAUCCUAUUUCAAGAUGGCGUCGGUGUGGAAGCGGCUGCAGCGCGUCAACAAGCGCGCCGCCAAGUUCCAAUAUACGGCUUCUUACCACCACGUCGAUAUACAACUUACCACCAAAUGGAAGCCGAACAAGCUGAGCGUGGUGUGGACGCGGCGGUCGCGGCGCGUCGUCACCGAACCAUUAGAUUGGGAGCCCUCACUCAAGGAUCCGCUUAAGGGAUCCGUGAUAUUCUCAGUGCCGGAAAACCAGACUAUAGCUGUCACGCUGUUCCGCGACUCCCGAACUAACGAGUUGGAGGACAAGGAGUGGGUGUUUGUGUUGGAGGAUGUAUCCCCAAUGGGCAAGCGUCGCAAGCUGGCCUCCUGCCCGCUCAACCUGUGUCGUCACGCGUCGCUCGCGCCCGCGCAACGCACCGUGACACUGCAGCUGGAGCCGGCCGGCGGGCGACUGCGCUCCGCCACGCUCAACAUGACGCUGCACUGCGUGCUGCUGCGGGAGGGGCAGGCCACCGACGAAGACAUGCAAUCCCUGGCGUCGCUCCUCUCCGUGAACAACAACUCUGACAUUGCGGUGCUAGAUGACUUGGACGAGGAUGACACCACGUUCUCCGAUAAUUCUACUAAACAGAUGUCAGAUCUACGUCAGCAAAUGGAGGAGAUGACGCAGAGUUUGACUAACAGCGACAUAGCGGCCACACCCAACAGUGUGCAAAGUCUAAACUUUGACAACUCUCGAACACCCACCGCACCCAUGACACCCGAAUUAGACACGCCUACCGCACCCAAGGAGCCGGAAGACCUAAAAAUAGACCUCACACCCAAAAAACAAGAGUACAAACCGAUAAUAAAACCCGAGCUACCCAAAUUUCAGUCUACCCCCAAAAUUGAAGACGAAGAAAGUGAGUUUAAGUCUCUUGUUUUUAAACCGAAGACGAUAGCUAAAAGGAACCUUAAGCCGCUGGAGUUAAAGACUAAUUUGAAUAGUAUAAAUCUGGAUAAGAAUGACAAUGAAGAAGAGAAGACUCCUACGGAUGGUUCGAAGUUGCUGCCUUUUAGAAAUCUAGAUAAAGAUAAGACGCCGGUGCAAGACCUCCAGGAGUGGUGCAGCUCAGUGACGCGCGAGUACCCCGCCUGCCGCGUCACCGACCUCACGCACAGUUUUCGCAACGGCCUCGCCUUCUGCGCUAUCAUACACCACUAUCGCCCCGACCUUAUUGACUUCUCCGGCCUAUCAGCGAGCGACGCGGAGACCAACGUGCGCCUGGCGAUGGAGGCGGGCGCGCGGCUCGGCGUGCCGUGCGUGCUCGCGCCGAGAGACGUGUGUCGCGCCGCGCCCGACAAGCUCGCGAUCAUGACGUAUCUGUUCCAACUGCGAGCUCACUUCACCGGCAACGAGUUGCAGGUCGAGCAACUCGGUAACGACGAGACAGAAUCCUCUUAUCUCGUCGGCCGUCACGACACGGACGCGGCGCUGCCGGCCGAGCUGUUCAGCCGCGAGGUGAGCGCGCGCCGCUCGCGGACCGCCAUACCGCGCCCGCAGCUAGCGCGACCGCCCUCCCAAGACUCCCAGGACUCCAAAUCCCAAGAACGGACGCCGGAGAAGUCGCCUACCGCUAUCAAGGACGUCCGAGACAUUCUGAUGCAGUCCAAGAGCAUACUGGGCAAGGUGCUGUCGCCGGUGCGAGCUGACAAACCCAGUGCCAAGUGGUUCGCUGAUCCACUGAAGGUUACUGAGCCCGUACCAGCGCGUCCGGAGAAGCUGAUGACUCGUAAGGAGCUGACGGACCCCUUCGGCUCUGAUGAGGAGGAGGAAACGGCUACUGAUAGUGGAGGGGUCAAAUCACCAGUCCAAGAAACCAAGGACAAAACCGAACCGCUGAAACCAGAAGAAACCAACGGGGUGCCAGAGAAACCCGCCUCGCCCGAGUUACCCAAACCUACACCGCAACUGCUCUCGCGGCACGACGAGUUGAAGGAGCGAGCGAGACAGCUGCUAGAAGCGACGAAGAAGGAAGCGAGAGAGAAACAGCGGCGACAGAACAGCAAGGAGAAAGAGGAAAAGACUGAAAACGGUUUGAAGAACGGCGACGUUGGCAGCCCUAAGAAGGCGAUGACGGAAGAGGAGAGGCAGGCGAUGUUGCGGGAACGCGCGCGGAAACUCAUCGCGGACGCCAGAGCGGGACUAGUGAGCCCGACGUCACCCCUAUCCCCGUCUCGAGGUCGCGGCACGCUCGAGAUCAUCAGCAAACAGUCCGUCAUGGAGGAGAUCGCUGCAGCGGGUGGCAUGGAGCAGCUGUCGGCCGGCUCGCCCCCCACCUCGCCGCGCCACGCGCCCAGCCCCGACAGAUCCGAGCGAAGCGAUGACAGCGGCAGCGCGAGGUUGUCGCCGAAGCGGUAUUCGGACGAGGACGAGUCCGGCCUCCCCGAGUUGGAGCACGGCGACCCGGAAUCCAGCACGGACGGCGCGAGCUACCUCGCCGGCGAGCUCGCGGCGCUGGAGCGGGAGCAGCGCGCGGUGGACGAGCGAGCGGCCGCACUGGAGCGACAGCUGCGAGCUGUGAUGGAGAGCGCGGGUGAUGCGCAGGAGGAAGACCGUCUCAUGUCGCAAUGGUUCAAUUUGGUGAAUAAGAAGAACGCGCUACUGAGAAGACAGAUGCAACUCAAUAUACUCGAACAAGAAGAAGACUUGAGCAAGCGUUGCGAGCUGUUAGCUCGAGAAUUGCGACUGUCGCUGGCCGUUGAAGAGUGGAGGAAGACGCCGGGACAGAAGAGACGGGAGCGACUAUUACUGCAGGAGCUAGUGUCAGCGGUUAACGAGAGGGACAGACUCGUCCAAGAAAUGGAUGAACAGGAGAAAGCGAUAGCUGAGGACGAUGAGAUACAGAAAAACCUCUCCAAGGUGGAGAUACAAAGGAAUAACAACUGUAUUCUUCAGUGAAUAAGGUCCUAUUUCAUUAUUAGACUUUGGGUCUAAAAUAAAAUAUAAAUUAUGAUUUUCGGAAAGUGGGCUACAAGUCUAUGGUGUAUAUUAUUAGAUUUUUUAUGUAUCUGGAUACAGAUAAAAUAUUAUUAAAUUUAUAAUUUUAUUAUGGGUGCUAUUUAAAUGGUUAGCAAAGUAUUGGAAUAUUUGUGAGCAGAAAUAUGUAAUUGGUAAGCUAAAAUUGAUAGUUGGACAGCAACUUGUGUUCAGCAAAUAUUUAUAAAUCAGUCUGCAAUAUAUAUCAUUCUGAACAGCAGUAUUUUUUUGACAGCUGAGUAUUUAUCAAAGCUGCAAUGAGUGGCCUAUACUUAAUUAAAUUUUGGUAAGCACUCAGAGAAUAAGCAAAAACUUCUGGAUUUAUUUUUUUGUUUUUUCUCUGCUGACCGAAUGUAUAAUCUUGCCGACCAAGUAAUUAUUCUGCCGAGUGAUUGUUUAUUUUGCAGAUACUAAUAAAACUCGCUGCCAGUUAUGUGUUUAAAUUACUGACCACUGUCAUGAUUAUUUACAGAACAUGAAU